GGUGUGAAGUUUAGUCGGCCGGUUUGUUUUUCUCUCUCGUCAUCGUCUGUCUGUGAAUGAGUUGCGCUUUGAAGACUUUUCGGCAACAAGUUCGGCAGUGACAAUGGCGCGACGUUACGAUUCCCGUACCACGAUAUUCAGUCCUGAGGGACGACUCUAUCAGGUUGAAUAUGCUAUGGAGGCGAUCUCUCAUGCCGGGACCUGUCUCGGGAUCCUAGCCACCGAUGGCAUUGUGUUGGCAAGCGAACGGAGGAACACCAAUAAACUUCUAGAUGAGGUGUUCACUUCGGAAAAGAUCUAUAAGCUGCACGACGACAUGGCAUGCAGUGUUGCCGGUAUAACGUCCGAUGCCAACGUUCUGACAAAUGAGCUAAGAUUACUUGCACAGAGGUACCUCAGACAGUACGAUGAGUCGAUCCCGGUCGAAAGGCUCGUCAACUGGUUGUGUGACAUCAAGCAGUCGUAUACCCAGAACGGAGGGAAGAGACCUUUCGGGGUGUCCCUCUUGUACAUGGGUUGGGACAAGGAGUACGGAUAUCAGCUGUACCAAUCGGAUCCGUCUGGAAACUUCAGUGGAUGGAAAGCCACAUGCAUCGGGAACAACAGCCCAGCAGCAAUAUCUGUCCUCAAGCAGGAGUACAAGGAGAACGAAACGACUCUCGACCAAGCUCUGGCGCUCUCGGUCAAAGUUCUGGCGAAAACGUUGGACAUGACAAAACUGACAGCGGACAAGGUCGAAAUCGCCACUCUCAAGCGAGUCGACAAUAAAACCAAAAUCAGCAUCCUCCCGACGAGUCAGGUCGAGAAGUUGAUUAAGGCGCACGAAGAAGAAGAAGCUAAAUUGGAAGCGGAGAAGAAAGAGAAGGAGCGACUAGCGAAGGAGCAGCAGCCGUCAUCGACAAAAUAGAUAUAUCUCCAUUCUCAAAGUGGAAUCGUUGACUAUUGAAUAAAUGGUUCCCUGUAAUUUUAUAUCGAAUAUAAGACUACGACCUCGA